AUGCUCCUGGCACCGUACUAUCCAGGCACAACUGGUGACCGUGAGCUGGGUGCCGAGCACAAGCGUCGCGCUGGAAGCAAGAGGCUGCGGUGGGAUUUGGAUAUCCCUGACGAUGACGAGUUCGGUCUUGGUGAUGAGUGGUACGGAAGCCGACGUGCUUCAAUCGAGGCGAGUUCGGGAGUUUGGGAGGAUGGUUUGUUGGUGAUUCAAUGA